AUGGUAAAUCACUUUGUUGCCAAAUUCAAGAGAAAGCACAAGAAAGAUAUCAUUGACAAUAAGAGAGCUGUUCGCCGUCUCCGCACUGCCUGUGAGCGUGCAAAGCGCACCCUGUCCUCCAGCACUCAGGCCAGCAUUGAAAUAGAUUCUUUGUAUGAAGGAAUUGAUUUUUAUACCUCAAUCACCAGAGCUCGAUUUGAAGAACUCAAUGCUGAUCUCUUCAGAGGCACUUUAGAUCCUGUUGAAAAAUCACCUCGUGAUGCUAAACUUGACAAGUCUCAGAUUCAUGAUAUUGUGUUGGUUGGUGGGUCCACUUGUAUACCUAAAAUUCAGAAGCUUCUCCAGGAUUUCUUCAAUGGAAAGGAGCUAAACAAGAGCAUUAACCCUGAUGAGGCUGUGGCUUAUGGUGCAGCUGUCCAGGCUGCCAUCUUGUCUGGUGACAAGUUGGAGAAUGUGCAAGAUCUCCUUCUACUUGAUGUCACCCCUCUAUCGCUGGGUAUUGAGACUGCUGGUGGUGUGAUGACCACAUUAAUCAAACGUAAUACAACCAUUCCCACAAAACAGACACAGACCUUCACAACUUACUCAGAUAAUCAGCCUGGUGUCUUGAUUCAGGUAUAUGAGGGAGAGCGUGCCAUGACAAAGGAUAACAAUCUUUUGGGAAAAUUUGAGUUGACAGGCAUUCCUCCAGCUCCACGUGGUGUUCCUCAAAUUGAGGUGACAUUUGACAUUGAUGCCAAUGGUAUCCUGAAUGUGUCUGCUGUAGAUAAGAGCACUGGAAAGGAAAACAAGAUCACAAUCACAAAUGACAAAGGUCGUCUCAGCAAGGAAGACAUUGAGCGUAUGGUUCAAGAAGCUGAAAAGUGCAAAGCAGAAGAUGAGAAACAGAGGGACAAAGUUUCAUCCAAGAAUUCAUUGGAGUCCUACGCAUUCAACAUGAAAGCAACCGUUGAAGAUGAAAAACUACAAGGGAAAAUUAGUGAUGAAGACAAACAAAAAAUACUGGAUAAAUGCAAUGAGGUCAUCAGCUGGCUGGAUAAGAACCAGACUGCUGAGAAGGAUGAAUUUGAGCAUCAACAGAAGGAGCUGGAGAAGGUGUGCAACCCAAUAAUCACCAAGCUGUAUCAGGGUGCAGGUGGCAUGCCAGGAGGAAUGCCAGGUGGCUUCCCAGGUGCUGGUGGUGCUCCAUCAGGUGGUGCAUCAUCUGGCCCCACCAUUGAAGAAGUUGACUAA